AUGGAUGACUUGUGGCGACGAGUCGAUAAAUACAUGCAAAUGGAAGAAUUAGCAGAGUUCCGCAAUCAAGCCAGAAUGGAGACAGCUGCUAAGCCGGAAAAGCUGACUGAAAACAAUUUUCAGAGCCGUCUGAAAGAAUUAGCAUCCCGCGAGAGGCCCCCUCGUGGCCCAAGGUAUUCACAAUACACACCGCUUAAUACCAGUCGGUCGACAGUGCUAGAGCAAGCGUUGACCUCGGAGGUCCUGGCCGUCCCGAAACGAGCUUCGACCCCUCCUAGGGCCGAUACAACGAAGUCUUGUAGGUAUCACCGCAAUCGGGGGCAUUCAACAGAAGAAUGUGCGGCCUUGAAGGAUAAGAUUGAAGAUCUGAUCAAACAGGGACAUUUGCAAGGUUUCGUCGACCGUUCGAACUCAUCCCGAAACACCCACCGGUCGCGACGGGACGAUCGGGCUGAACAAAGAACAGAAAGUCGUUCGUAUCGAGAACGCAGUCGGUCUAGAGAAAGGCGAGAAGAGCCUUCAACGCAGCCUCGCCGGGUCAUCAACACCAUUGCCGGCGGCUUCGCUGGCGGCGGUUCGUCUUCGUCGGCACAGCGUAGACACUUACGGGCCGUUCGACAUGUGCAUGCCGUCGAAACUGUUCGUCGCCGCUUACCCACCAUAACUUUCACCGAGGCCGACUUCAAAGGUAUCGACCCAUACCAGGAUGAUCCUAUGGUAAUUAGCGUUGAAAUUCACAACUGCAUUGUGCGCAAGACAUUGGUAGAUCAGGGGAGCUCCGCCGAUAUCCUUUAUUGGAACACGUUCAAACAAUUGGGUAUCCCAGAAGCCGAAUUAAUUCCCUACGAUGAACCUUUGGUAGGAUUUUCAGGGGAAAGAGUCAAAACAAAGGGUUAUAUCAAGUUGUCAACCCGGUUUGGGUUUGAAGGAACCGAAUACAGAGACGUUUCGGUCAAAUAUGUGGUGGUUCAUGCCAACACGUCCUAUAACAUUUUGCUCGGUCGGCCGUCCUUAAAUCAGCUCGGUGCAAUCGUCUCCACUCCGCACCUGGCUAUGAAGUUCCCAGCCGACUCAGGACAAGUAAUCACGGUUCACGCUGAUCAAAAAACCGCGCGAGAGUGCUACUUUGCUAGUUUGCGAUUACCGGAAAUGAAGCCCGAAGUAACAAAACCAGCAGGGGUACAUUCGGUAUCACAACAGUCGACCUUAGACCUCAACCCCCGGAUUUAUCAAGAUGAGAGGGUCGAGCCUAUUGAAGACAAGCAACCCAUCCAGGUGGGGGUGUCCGGAGCUCAAGUCACCUACCUCGGGACCAAUUUAUCCGAACAAGAGCGCCUGGCCCUUAAGCAAGUGGUCCUUGAAAACAGUGACUUAUUCGCCUAG